AGGCGCUUCGCCCACACCCCACACCCCCGCCCAUUCUCUCUUCUUGUUCUUUUCUUGCCUUUUUCCUUCCUUUCCUAAGCUCCGCUUGCCGUAGCAUACACCCUCCCGAGGGGUUUGCCUGGAUCAUUUAUUUAUCUUGUGCGCAUUAAGAAGCCACCAUUAGGCUUUGGUGGGAGGCGCCUUACUUUGUGCGCGCUAGCCUGCCUCCGCGGCGCUGCCAGAGGAAUACACAAUCGAACCGAAGCUGCAAGCUUGGCAGGAGCUGCCUCUGCGUGCCCAUUUAUUUGCCGGAUCCGUAUUUUUUUUUUUCUUUUCCGACUGGGUCAUUGCCGCUCCCCUCCAGGGUUUUUUUUUUUUUUUUUUUUUUUUUUUUUGCGUGUGUGGAUUAUUAAUUUUUUAUUUUUUUUUUUUUUUUCGGGAAUCCUCGCCGGAGUUUUGAUGCCGGGCCGGACUUAGCGCGGGCGCGGAGGAGCUGCGCGGAGCCGUGCCUCCUUGCCCCGGGCCCCGCCCGCGGAUCGGCCUCCCUGGCCCGGCGCCGGCCGCGGGUUGGCCGCGGGGCCGCGGAGUGGCGGGUGCGCUGCGCCGCCGCCUCCCCGCGGAGCCGCCGAGGGAUGCUGCUGCACCGCGGCCGGGCAUAGGCAGGAGCCGAGCGGGCGGGGGAGGGAGCGCAGGGAAGGAAGGAAAGAAGGAAGGAAGGAAAGAAAGACGGAAAGAAAGGAUCUCCCCCCCCCCAGCCCCCGAGGGGAGAGGAAAAAAAAGAGGAGAGGCGAGAAGGUGCGUGAAUGUGAAGGAAUGUACCUGCUCGCCGCCGGAGCCGCGCGAUUGGGAUAAAAAAGAAAUAAACCGAGGAGGCUGAUCCUUGCGACUUAUUACCCGGAAAAAAAAAAAAAAAAAAAAGAAAAGCCUUAGAGCGGAGGGACAAGAAGAAGAGCGACGAGGCUGCAGCGAGCAGCGCUAGAGGAGGGCGCCCGGCGGAUGGCGCGGCCGUCCCGCUGACUCCGCGGCCGCGGGAGGCUGCGCGGGGCGGCGCGGCGCGGGGCAUGCCGUGCCGGCGGCGUGACUGAGCGGGGCGCUCCCGCCGCCCGCUCCGCUCCGCACCGCGCUCCCCUCCGCCGCAUGCCGCCGGCAGCCGCGGCGCGCUGAUGCCCCGGGGCCGCGGCGGCGCUGCGGACGGCCCCUAGGAUGAGCGAGGGGGCUGCCGGCGCCGCGGCGCCCGGGGCGGCGGAGGCGGCGGCUGCGGCGGGGGGCCCGGGCGGGGAUGGGGCCGGGGGGCCGCCGCGGGAGCUGCGCUGCAGCGACUGCAUCGUCUGGAACCGGCAGCAGACGUGGUUGUGCGUGGUACCCCUGUUCAUCGGCUUCAUCGGUCUGGGGCUCAGCCUCAUGCUGCUCAAGUGGAUCGUGGUGGGCUCCGUCAAGGAGUACGUCCCCACCGAGCUGAUGGACGCCAAGGGCGUGGGGCAGGACCCCUUCUUCCUUUCCAAGCCCACCGCUCCCCCCCGCGGCGCGGAGACCACCGCCGCGGCCACGCCGCGGCCGCCCAGCCGUGUCAGCCCCCGCCUCACCACCAUGAGCCGGGCGCCCCCGCGGCCCCCCGGCACCCGCGGCCCGGCGCGGGGCGGCCCGCGACCCACGGCCCCCCGGCACCCCGUGUCGCCGCACACGGCGCCGCCCGCCAGCGGCCCCCCCGGCACCCCCGGCCGCGGCGCCCGGCCACCGCCCGCCGCCCCCAGCACCCCGCCGCUGCCCGCCUGGCCCACUGCGGCACACGCUACCUCCUCCUACAAGAUCUACGUCCACGACUCGGCGCCGUCCUGGACCUUGUCUCCCUUCCAGGAGUCGACCACCACCACGCCGGAGGCCAGCACGACCCCCAAAACCCAUACCACAACGUAUUCCACUGAGCGAUCUGAGCACUUUAAGCCAUGCAAGGACAAGGAUCUUGCAUAUUGUCUCAAUGAAGGGGAAUGCUUUGUGAUUGAAACCUUAACAGGAUCACAUAAACACUGCCGGUGCAAAGAGGGCUACCAGGGAGUCCGCUGUGACCAAUUUUUGCCGAAAACCGACUCAAUCUUGUCAGAUCCAACAGACCAUUUAGGAAUUGAAUUCAUGGAGAGCGAGGACGUGUACCAGCGCCAGGUGCUGUCCAUUUCCUGUAUCGUCUUUGGCAUAGUCGUAGUGGGCAUGCUUUGUGCAGCGUUCUACUUCAAAACAAAGAAACAAACAAAGCAAAUUCAUGAACAGCUGAAAGAAACACAGAAUAGGAAAACCUACAGCCUAAAUGCUUCCAGCAUGAUGGCAAAGUCGGAGUGUAUGGCACAAAGCCAAGUCCAGCUGCAAAAUUAUUCAAAACCAGACAGGCAUCCGGGGCCUAUUCUGCACAAGGUUAUGGAGUCUAGUUUUUCAGGCCCUCAGUCUUUCCCAGAGGCCUUGUCUCCUGACAGAGGAACUCAGCCCAUCAAGCAACACAGUCUCUCUUCAUGCUGCAGCCCAGGACAGAAAAGUGGGAUGCUACAUCGAAAUGCCUUUCGGAGGACUCCUCCCUUGCCUCGGGGUAGGUUCAAUGGAAUUACAGGACCAGCAUAUCAACAGCUAGAAGAGUCAAGGAUCACAGACCAGGACACAAUACCUUGUCACGGGUAUUCAUCCAGUGGUUUAAAAACUCCUCAGAAUACUUCAAUAAAUAUGCAACUGCCUUCAAGAGAGACAACCCCAUAUUUUAAUAACGUGGAUCAGAAGGACUUGGUCGGCUAUUCAUCUUCAAGGGCCAACUCCGUUCCCAUCAUCCCGUCUGUGGGCUUGGACGAAGCCUGCAUGCAAAUGCAAAAUGUUUCUGAAGUAACAGGCAUCAAAUGGUGCAAAAACUCCUAUUCUGCUGAACUUGUCAAUGUGAGUUCCCCUGUCAGUAAUUGUCUUAUAGCAGAACAACACGAAGUGAAAAUAUUGCUAGAAACUGUGCAGGAGCAGAUCCGGAUUCUGACGGACGCGAGGCGGUCGGAGGACUAUGAACUGGCGAGCGCAGACGCAGAGAGCAGCGCGAGUGAAAACACGGCCUUCCUGCCCAUGAGCCCCUUGGCCAAGUCGGAGCGAGAGGGGCAAUUUGUCUUAAAAAAUGAAACACAAAGAGACUCAGUAUUGACCAAGUGACUUUGUGCGGGGGUUGUGGGAGGGGAAAUGAGAGAUCUGUGCAUUCGAUGCUUUGCUAAACAGGAAGGGAGGAAGUUAAAUACAAAUUAUUUAUAUGCAUUAAUUUAAGAGCAUCUACUUAGAAGAAACCAAAUAGUCAAUCGCCCUCAUAUCAUAGUGUUUUUUAACAAAAUAUUUUUUUAAGGGAAAAGUUCCAGGAGGGAUGAAGCGUGCAUCAGGUGCUUUCUAGGCAGGAUUACACAGUUUCAGUUACAGAGGAUUUUACCAUGGUCCCGUUCAACUGUCCAAAGUCUUAGGCUAUGCAUCUUCUUUUCAGUAAAGUCCAAGACCAUUCUUAGAUGCAUUUGUGGUUUCAGGGCAGUGCUGCAGCGAGCUACUGGCCAGGGAUUCAGACCCUGGGGACCAAGUCCCGUGAGCCCAGCACAGGUCUAAUCCCGUCUCCCCCUCUCCUCUUGAUUCCAGGUUCAUACCACAGAAACAGGCACACAGAUUCCUACUUCUGAGUUCUGGUACCUGCUGUGGAAUGAGGUCAUCCCUAAACUGAACAUAUUCUUAACUCUCGACCUUAAUUUGAUGUGUCGAUCAGCCAAGAAAGUCAAUGGAAUCAUUUAGGAGCUUUGGGUUCUGCCAAGCAUGGAGAGGGAUUGGGUUCUGUAGAGAUCCAGUGGUUAGAAGCCGGUGGCUGCUCCAUCUUCUGAGCUUUGCCUACCAGAGCUGCCUUGGUGGAGAGUUAGGAAGAACAAGGGAAAAUGCAGAAGUGUGUAUUACAACAGGUGUGGUUUUGGUUUCUGAUUUGGGGUUUUUUUUGAGUGGCACCAUAAACUCCGUUGUUCGUUAGCACCCCUAAACAUUUCUAAACUUUUACACUUUGAAGGCAUUUGUAAGCUCUCAAGGAGCACUUCUUGGUGUCUGUGUAUAUUUUUUUUUAACUUACCUUUUAUUAUGGGUUGUUCAGAGAAGAGUCAGGGAGAUCCAGUAUGAUCAAAAUCCAGCUGAUAAGUGUUCACUAUGCCUAAUUUGUUCCUGCAUUCAGUUCUCCAGUUACUUUAAUUAAUUAUGGCUUAGGCUUGUGAACUUUAAAGUUUCAACCCUGCAGAUGAUUCUAUGGACAGACCCGCAGGCAUGCACAGAUCUGAGUCUAAUGGGGCUGUAUAAGAGCAGAUGGCUUCCACCAAGUCACUCCCUGCAGGGGAUCAAGGUCUUAGAGAAGAAGUGUCAUUGCCUGGCUGCCGUAUCCCAGUCACAUUAUAGCACUUUUUCCAUUAGCUUUCUUUUUAGUCCCUCUUUCCCCCAGAAAUUGUAACAAAAUAUGCCAAUAGUACAAUGAAUUGGGUUCGGUGACACAUAUUACUGGUUUUAUUGGUAUUAAAAUAUCUGCUUAUUCUUGGGGGGAAAAGUCAACUAUAAUAAAUAAUUGCGAAAUAACCUUCCCUGGUUAAUAUCAGAAGAUUGAUUAGAAAAAACAGUAUAUACAGAAUGUAUUUAAACAUUCCUUUGCAGCAAAUUAAUGGUUAAAUUUAUUAAUGUGCCCCAGACUUUCUAGUUCACAAGUCUCAAGACUUCCCAAAAUAGCACAAUCGAUCACGCUGUGCUGUUGUAUGUUGAGUCAGAAUAAAGCAAUAUUUUAACCUCUGUCAAGUAAAUUUGGAAAAGAAAUGCUGAAGGUGUAUGUCAUUUUUUUUGUUAAGGCAGUAAAAAAAAAUUAACAGUCUUCAUUCAGCAAGUCUUAUUUUGGGUUCCUUUUGUGGUUUUGAUUUUGGGGUUUCUUUUAAAGAUAAAGUUGAUGAAAUUGUCUUGUUUACAGAACUUUCUAUGGCUGUAAUCUUUGCUGUGUGUUUUCAGUAGAAAUAUAUUUGAGGGCAAACUGUUGUUCUGUGCCCCAGGAUGGAGCCUGUCUUGUUUGGACUCCCUUCUGCAAAGACACAGAGCUUUUGUUGUAUCAGUGAGGUGGAUCGCCAUGAGGUUUGGUCUCACCCUGUUUUUCUGCCCUAUGUUGUGGCUGGGCACAGUCUCACUGCAUGAACUGAGCUGACUGUGGUGGGUGUGGUCCCAAGCCCACACUAGAUAAAUCCUCUGAAAGACAGGGUGUAUUAGGUGGGGCUCAGCUUUGCAUCCCUACAAUCAUAUGACUUUUCUGUUAACAGCAUUUACAUCCCACCAUCUGAGGGCAUGAGCAAAGUGAGCUUGCUUCUGCCCAUAAGCCCUGUGAACAUACCUGUAAUAUAAAAGCUGGUUACUAUAUAAAGCUCUGGUUCAACAAUUUGUAAAGUAUGAUCACUAUUAAUAAAUUUUUCACCAUUAAUUUCAUCGAGAUGGUCUCUCUGCUAAAAUGUGCAGAAUCCUGCCCAAAUUGAUGUUUCAGAAUUAAAUCUUUUCAAUCCAGAUGUAAGACCUCCUCACCCCCAAAUUAUUCCAAACUCUGCAGUUUCACCUCUGGCAACAUAAUGGAAACACACAACAAGAUUUCAGUUGAAGAAAGAACCAUAUCAUAAGCAAUGCCUUUAUGGAGUGAAUGUGUUCACGCAGCACCCCCGAAAGACCCAGAAAGAGGGGACAAGCAAUGUAUUUAAGAGAAUGAAAUGUCUAACUGAAUGACAGAUGAAGAUCUGAAAUGGUGAGGAUAUCUUCGGUUCGUGUUAGAGAUGCGAUCUUGUACUCAGCAAAGGAUGUGUGACUGUUAUAUGUUAACUGUUCUAUUCAGUUUUCAGCAUGUUUGAAUAGAGAGACGUUAAUAUUAACCAUAUGACAGACUAGUGUAUUAUUUGUUAAGAGUAUUACUUCAGAUCUUAUUGAAACUGUCAUUGUUUGCAGAGGAAAACAAAAAGGUUUGAAAACGUCAAACUAGGUAGCCUUAAUGUCGUUUGUGUGGUUCUCUAACACAGCUGUUUUCCUCUGUGGACCUUCCUAUUUUACAGUGAAUGGGACAACAUUUUCUCCGAGGUCUGACAACUCAUUAUGUAAAGGAUCCAUAAGAAAGUUGUACUGAAACAGCUGAAGUGGUAGGCCAAAUAUUGCUUUACUUCUGGUCCCAUUGAACUCAGUGGAUUGGAAGGGCUGUGAAUCAGUGCAAAAUGCAGUUCAUUCCUAGAUUUACAUCUGUUCCCAGCCUUGGAAACAGUCUGUAAUCCGCCUAGAAGAGGCUCUGAAUUGAGUCAUUUACCUGUAACACAAUUAAAAAUUUUAUCUGGCCUAUGAAGUUCCAGGUGUAGCCUGGUGUGAAAAUUUGCACAUGUAGCAUGGCAUUCAAGCAAACAGCUGGCUAAAUAAAUUGAACUUUCUCUGAACUGAACAGAGAAAACCUAUCUCCCUUCAGUGUAAUCCUGUGGAGGAGAAUUACGGGAGAUGUAUGUCCUGAUAUUUUUACUUUUGUUUAGAAUUUUUUCAAAAACAAUCCAAAAUAACUCUAAAAAGAACCCCAGUAGAACAAUCCCAGCAGUUGAGAUGGGAAAUGUAGGUAAGUAUGGGCACAUUUCAUAGUUUUAAUCACUGAAAAACUCUUUGGUACCCCAUGACCUAAAGCUUAAAUGUUUUAAUUUUUGCAGGAUCAUGUUUAGAUCAACAAAUGCCUCCAUGAAAAAAGAGCUGUUCAGAAUGCUUUUGGUUUCUAGCCGCCUAGCCAUGGUCUCGGCUGGUGUAGUCAAUGCAUAUGACAGGGCAUAUUAAUAGAGGAUCACAUCCCAAAUCUGUACUACUGCAAGUCUAGUGUAGUGUGACAAAGCUUAGUAGUCUACCAUAUGAUGUAAGCACUACUGCACUGAUUUAUGGAGCUACCUGCAUUUUGCUUAUGAAAAUCACAGCAUUGUGUGAACACUCUCAGUGGAAUACGGUGCGAGGUCCAUUGGCUGAGUGAUUGGUUUGUCAGGUCUCUCUGUCACAGGGGCUGAGUGGCCCUGGCCAGGCUCUAACAGCAGUGAACUUACCACCAUGUGGCUAAUUCCAAAGUCAGUCAUCAGAAUCCUGCAGCUCCAGGUUUAAAUUUUGAAAAAAGCAAUGAGUUGAUGGCAUGUGGUCAAUGACCAGGCGUGUGCUCGAUAUGCUCCUGAAUUGAAAUGUUCAGUUAAUUCAUGUCUAGUUCUCGUGUAAGUAGGGAGAAAAUCUGGAUUCCUUUUCCGAGUCAUCCCCAGCUUCCCUUAGUCUAAUUUUGGACAUUACUUGAACAUUUCUUACAAGAAAGUCUGGAAAUGAAAACCAAAGAAGAACUCUUUCAGAGUUCUAGCUGCAGUAAGUAAAAUUGAAGCUUGAAUGAGCAGACCUGGAAUAAAAACUGGUUUUGAAAGUGGUAUUAAUAUCAAUUGCCUUUCAAUAAAAUGGAAUUUCCCUGUAAACCGUUUACCACUUGGGAAAAGAUGGGCAGAAUGAGCUUAUAAAGUGAUUUAUUAUGUUGCCAUGAAUUUAAAAUGCUCAUCUCCCAGCCGAUUGGAGAAAAGCAAAUAUUUAGGAUAGAUUUUUCAGCUUUUGUGAUUUUUUUUUUUAUUUUAUUUCAGUAGCCCCACAGGUCAAUGAUCCAUUGUCUGUAUUGUCUGUCCUCUUUUGUGGUCCAAAUGCUGGACUGUUAGAUUUCCUUAAAGAGAACAAGAUUUUAUCUAAAUUUUAUUUUUAAAUUAUUCAUAGAAUAAUAUAUUUCUUUGUCUUGCUGAAAACAUAAAGUAAUGCAAACUUUUUUUUUUUGUGCUGCAUUAUUGCUGAAUUCGCAGCAAGAUUAUGCUGCCUUUGUUUUGAUAUCUACUCACAUGAAAACAACUGUGACACCCAGUUUUCAGGUUUUAGACUUGGCACUUCCAAAUCAUCAUAUCAAACAGGAUUUUUGUAUUUUAAAUAGCAAAGUUCAAACACGACAUAGAAAUGAAAUAGCUACAACAGCAGUAAACUUAUUAAGAAAGUUGGUUUGCGGUUUGUUGGUUUUUUUUCAUUUUUAUUCCAUAGCAAUUAGAGGAUUGGGCCAUAGGAAUUGGUAGUCUCUUGCAAGUAAUGCAGUCACAGAAUAUAUUAGUGGCAGUGGAAAGUCAUUGCUGUAGCCCAGAACUAGAAAAGCCACAGCAGAGAAGGAAUCACUCAUCCAGUGUGUGCUGCAGGGGGUAAAAGUGCUUUCAUUUUAAUAGCAAAAACCAAUAUAGUUGUUUUUUCUGUUGAAACUGCCAUAAAAGAUAAAUUACCUGAAUUUAUUAAUGACCAUGGUGGUAGUGUUUGAGAAGAGGAAAAGGGGCAGAAAUUCCCAAAUUUGUAAUGCUUGUCCGGUCCCUUGGAACAAAGCUAGUUAUGUUUUGAUUCUUUAUUAUUACAGCACAGUUUUCAGUGCUGCAGAGACAGAGAGAUCACACCUCACUGACAGCCUGCACUGACCCUUUCUUGCUUGAAAAGAUUUAGCAGUUUCCUCUUUGAUCAACAGUCCUGUAAACAAGGGAUGAUUUAUUGAAGUGAAAAUACAGCUAUAAGGUUAGGGGUUUUUUAUGUAAGAAACUAUAUUUAAUUUUAUAGCUAUAAUGAAGAGAGGUUACUGAUGACUGAAGAAUGUAAAUAAUGUAUGUAAGUGGCAUGGAAAUCCUGUAUUUGUACCAUAGCUUUUGAUAAUACAUUCUCUUAACACCGUCAGGGGAGACCUACAUGCAGUUUUUAUAUUUUUUUCCUUAACAGGGACAAUGGUCUGUACCACAUCACUAUAGUGGCUAGGCAUUGAUGUACCCUUGUCCUUAUUUUUUCCUCUUGCAUUGCAAGACCCACUUCUGUGCUGUCCCAUGCCUGGUCUAGUUUUACUGAAAUAACUGAAUUUGUAACGAUUCAACAUCUUUAUUCACAUUCAGUUUUACCUUGCCCUCAGCAUCAAGAGUAUCAGCCUGACAUUUGGGACACUGGGGGUAUCUGCUGAGUAAAUUUAAGGCCUAGAACAGUUUUAUGCACUUGCAUUUGUCUGCUUUGUGUUGACCUAACAGGAAAUCUUUGCCUUGAAGAAGGAUUUAUGCAGCCCAUGCUGCAAGGCAUUUUCCUGCCCUUCUCUCAUAUCUGCCACUAUCAGUAUUUCCAAUCUCUUCAGUCAGCUGCCCUCUUUGAGUUCUCCUGCCCAGCAUUGGGAAGUACUGUGAGAUUACAGACCAGAAGCCUCAGACUUCUUUUAGCAUACCAAAGACCAGAAGUCAUCUGAAAUGUCCUGAGCUAUAACUUCAGAUACGACUUUCUGCCUCUUACUAGUAAAAUGUCUCCAAAGGUUGAGGUCUCUGAAAUGCAUUGCAUUAAAUUAUGUAAUAUAAAUAAUGCCAAAGUGCAUAAAAUUGAGAGUUAUAUGGCAAAUAUUAUUUUUUAGUGUAUGUCUUGCUUUGAAGGAAUACAGAACGAGAGCUCCCAGCUGGAAACUAAAAAUACAAACAAUAACACAAGAAUAGAAAAUAAUACAAAGAAUAAUUAAUAUUAUAAAAUAAGAAAUAGUUCCUUGCUUUCUCUGAAAUAAACAGUCAUAGUUGAAGGUUAUCGAGAUGCAUCAGGGAAAUGAAGAAGUUUCAGUGAGGCUGUUUUAUAAGUUUUAUGUCUAAGAGCUUUUCUCAAGGAAUUCAGGCUUCCCUUGCUUGACAAUAAUUAAGAUGAUGUUUCCUCCAUAACGUUACUCCUGUACAGAGUCAAAUAUUGCAUACCUCAGCAUAAGCAGAACAGAAAUGCAGGAUAGGUUUCACUUUGGCUUUCUGACUCAAGUUGGACUCACUUGCUUUAGAUUAUCUCUGAUCUAUUCCAGGAAAGAAUAAAUGAAUAUCAAAAGAAAAAUAAAGAAGAGACACAUGAACACUUAAUGAUUAUUUUUUAAAAAAUCUACCAAUUGGUAUUAAGAUUAGAGCCAUCUGCUGAACUUGAGUGUUCUAGAAAUAGCUGAGAUUUUGACUGUUCUUGGUGGGGGAAACAGCAAGUAGUAGAAGUAUUACCACCCCAGCAAGAUGCACACUGUGAACAACUGGAGAAUAGGGUAAGGAGCUUCUCCUGGCUAUGGCACAGCUUUUUGCAUGGGUGAGGAGGGACGGAUUUUGCAUCAAGCCAUGUCAUGUCUUCUGAGAAACUUGUCCUUUAUUUCUUUCUCAGAUCUUUCUCAUUUCAGUGAAAUUGUGGUCAUCAGCACUAGUUUGGUUUUGGGUUUUUUGUGACUUAAAAAUUCUAGGAUCAUUUAAAGUGUUGAAUUUUGGAAGCAGAGACUUCUGAAGAAAAAAGUAAAAUUUCUUCCGUGAUUUUUUUACAUCAUCUUUAAUUGAAAUGCUUGUAUUAACUAUUUUUUAAAAAAUUAGAUGUUACAAAUCUAAAUGCAAAUAUUUAGAUUUACAUGAUGUUAAUAGGAGAUGGGUAAGAUCUAUGUUUCUCUCCUGAUCUAGUUGAAGACUCCUCUGUUCAUUGUAGGGGGGUUGGACUAGAUGACCUUUAAAGGUCCCUUCCAACUCAAACUAUGCUAGCCAUGUUCAAGUUAUUUCUUUUAUGUAUCAAAUUGCCUAUAAAAUGUUGAGAUUUCUGUGCACAUCCGUGGCAACUUUGGAUUUUGCAUGUAAAGGUAAAUAAGAUAUUUACAAAGAAAAAACGGACUAUGUAAAACUUCCAGGUCAGACUGGUGUUGCACAAGGGGCAGCUGUUUCACUGAAAGCAGUUAAUAUGAAGUAAAUGAGGUUCUCAAAGGAGGAUGUUUAUGGUGGCUCAGCAGUUGAGCUGUCUGAAAUAAAACCCAGGUUUCUACCUCUGCAGAGCUAACCUGUGCUCCUUUCUAAAAGUGGCCCACAGAGUGUCUGCAGCUCCUCCACCAGUGACUGUACCAAAAGGCAGGUGACAGCACUGACUUCUGUGAAGGCUCCUCUCAUUAAAUCAAAAUGAAGUAAUAUGAACUAAAAAUUGAUGGGUCUGAUUCUCCCAGGUAUUGCCAGGUUAUAUGGAGUGCCAGCAGGAAUGCUGAUUUACAGUUUCUGAGGCUGUGGCCCGUGAUUUGACCUGACCUGCUAGUUCUCCCUGCCUGAGCUGGGGCAAUCUAAGCAGAAAUAUCUCUGCCUAUCAGGGUAACUUCAGAACAUCAUUAAAGCAGUUUGAUUCCAGCUAACCUCAUUUUUUAUACUUCAUUGCAUAUUCUCCUUGAUUAUUGCAGAGGUGAAGCUGCUUCCAGCUUAAAGUUGUUAUCACUGAUCUGUCUUUGCCAGAGUAACUGGUUGGGAUCACUCAGGUCCAGUUCUGACAGUGGUGUAAGGUCCUCCAAUUCUGCAGAUCAGAGCUGGCUCUCGCAGUCCAACAUCAUAUCUAUAUCAUAGAAUGGUUUGGCUUGGAAGAGACCUUAAAGAUAUCUAAUUCCAAGCCCCCUGCAGUGAGCAGGGACACCUUACAAUAGACCAGGUUACUCUAAGCCCCAUCCAACCUGGCCUUGAAAACUUCCAGGGAUGCAGCAUCCACAGCUUCCAUGGGCAGCCUGUUCCAGUACCUCAUCACCCUCACAGUGAAGAAAAAUGUACAGGCACAACUGUCCCUACUUGUUCUGCAGCAAUUGUAUGCAUGGAUCAGCUGUCAGGCUGAUCUUUCACAUUAUCCAUUUUAUUUAACAAAGCUAUCUCUUAAAUAUAAGUUCUGUGUUGGUUCUCUGUAUGUUGUAUAGAGAAGCAGUGAAGGCAAAUUCAGCCUGUUGGCAUUUUCACACCAGCUAACGAUGGUAUGCUUUUUUUCAGAGGAGCUCAGAAGACAAACCAUAAAAUUCUGACCUACCUGGUCAGAGCAGGGUUAUUAUGAGCAGGUUUUGUCCAUGUAUGUUCUUAUCUAUUUUGUCUUUUUUCCUAAGAAAUCAUCUUUCUUCCAAGAGCCCAUGUUCCUAAAAAACCAUUAAGUAAAGGUAAGGCAAGAGAUGUGCUUUGUCUUCUCUGCAGAGGAGACAGGGACACAAGUAAAUGCUAAUUACCAAAAACCUUUCCAGCUGAUUCCACUCAUAUUUGCACAGACAGGUGAUGGUAAAAUGACUCUAUAUGGUUUGUCACAUCUAUUUGCAGGCUGUGACAUAUAUAAACUGUUUUGAAUUGUCUGUGGUUUGUAAUAUCUUAGAUGGACUUUGAGGGUGCAGGCGGUGUUCUGGGUUGUGGGGAAGCAUCCCACAGGCUCAGACCCUUCUUCAGGCAAGGAAUCAGGUUUCACAGUAGGGGGACCUCCUAAGCUAAAAAUUAGAAACUCUCCCAAGGUUGAGAUAAAAGGGCAACUUGGAAAAAAACACUAGAAAUCACAGUCCUUUAAAACAAGGCUCCUCUUUAACCCCAUAUGGAUUAGCAACAAAGUUGUGAUUUUUAUUUCAAUUUCUCCAGUAAGUAAUAGAGUAGUUUUGCUUUUCCAUUAGUUUAAACCUGUCUAUAGGUGGCUUCAGAGGGCAAAGAGGACACAUCACUGUGUGAACAGCUGUGCUCUAGGAAGGUGGUUGCUCAUGGACAACUUCCCAUCCUUGAGGGUGGGAUCUGGUCAUCAGCACUUUGCCUGUCUUCCUUAAUUAGCUGAGAGAAGACCAGGCAGUGCUCUGCACUCCUUGCUUCUUAUCUGCUGAUGAAACUUGGAGCAAAUCUUUGUACCAGAAGCAUUUAAAAAUGGAACAGAGGUGAUGGAGAUGGGGUCUGUUCACUGUGAAUAUCCAGCUGGGAUAGCUGGAAUAACUGCAAGGGAAGAGUUGCCUUUGCAAAUCAUGUGCCUGAUUUGUUGGUUAAAUAGUUUUUCAGUCCUCCCUAUUUAGUCAACAAGGACGUUAAGAUGUCCAGAAUUAAAAGUGGAAUGAUUGGUUCCCGGUACUAAUCUUAAUGGCCACAAAUCCAGUAUUUCAGAGUUUUUGCUGAGCACUUAGCAAGUAGAGUCAAUCAAGCUUCACUUAAAUAGAUGACCUUUUAUUGUAGAGUUACACCUGAUUUCAUGCUUUCCUUUAUUGAUCACCACAUCUUUUCUAUGUCACAUAAAGUUAUGCUUACCUUAAAACUGAUCUGUAGAUGUGCCUGAAACAGCACCUAAUGUGAACAUGAAAUCUGAGUGUUCUCAACGUGUAGGGCGAGUCUUGUGAAACCUCUUUUUUAGCAGCCGAAAGUCUUGAACCAUUCACUGAAAUAAGACAACUAUUUGAUUUCAACAAAAUUGAUUCUGCUGUCAAUAAAAUCACUGAUAAACACUUGAGUUGAAUUUGGGGCUUCUGAGUAUAUAUAUAUAUAUAUGUAAAGCUACAUACACAAAUUUUCUUUUAGAACAUAGAAAUGAAUGCUCCAACUUAAAGUUUAUUCAUCUAAAUAGCUGGAGAAAAUAUCCACUUAACCACAUAGCCUAAACACAUUGAAGUAUGGGGGAAAAGGUGUUUAUUUUCACCUGUGUUUAUUUUUUCACCGGUAAAAACAAAUAAAAAGAGAAGAAAAAUAAUCAUAGUGCCUAUGACAAAGAUUGUGUUUCAAGGAGUGUGCAAUGUGUACCUUGAUUACUUUAACUGCAAAUGAAAGCCGCUUUUAGACUGAGUGUGGUUGAAAGGAAAUAUCGUUAGAAAAAAUGUCAUGCAGCAUCCCAGGAAAUGUUUUGGUUCGAUCUGUUUGGCCUCCGUUUUUGUGGAGCUGUACAUUCCUGUCCAUGGUUCUAAAGGAUAAAAAAAGAACUGAUUUCAGAA